AUGUCUCUCACAUUCAGCGAGAAAGUCAUCAUUGUGAUUGGCGCUGCAUCUGGAAUGGGCUUAGCUACCGCAAAGACUCUACUUGAUGAAGGUGCCAAGGUUGGAAUGUCUGACGUCAACAGCGCGGCUCUUGAAAAUGCAGUCAAGGGACUUGGCUCAGAGCAACAAGAGAGAGUCUUCUCUAGAGCCUCAGAUGUCACAAACCGUGCAUCAAUCCGCAGCUUCCUAAGACAAACAAAGUCGCAUUUUGGCAAGGUCGAUGGUGUCGCCAACUUUGCCGGUUGUGGUGGCCAUGAAUUGGGCACCCAGUCGGUCUGGGAAACCAGCGACGCCGAAUUCGACUUCAUCACCAAUCUCAAUAUCAAGGGAGCAUUUCAUGUACUCGCUGAAGCUCUUAUGCCCGACUUCCUAUCUCACGGCGGGAGUUUUGUUCAUGUUGGAAGCAUGUUCUCACUCCAAGGCUUCCUGAAGGGUGCGGUAUUUGCCGCUUCCAAGCAUGCGUCCCUGGGUAUGGUUCGCAGUGCGGCUAAAGAAGUCGGCGACAGAGCCAGAGUCAAUUGGAAGGCCCAAGAAGUAGCCGAUGUGACCGUUUUCAUGCUCAGCGACAAGAGCACUUUUGUCAAUGGAGCCGCUUGGAGUGUUGACGGGGGUGCCGGUCUGUGA